AACACAAUGCGCACCUUGCUGCUGCCGGUGGCGUUCCUCCUGUCGCUCAACUCCUUGUUCGCAAACGCGCAAUUUGGAAACAUAUUCGAGAUGUUUGGGCACGCUGGCGAUCAGCACCACCACCAACAACAACAACAACGACCGACAAAGGGACAUUCACCAACGAUGUGGGCAUCUCAGGCCGAUGCAGUCGGGUGCCCGUCGUACUUAUGCCCUUCAACGCUAGUAUGCGUAGACAACCCAUCGGAUUGUCCAUGCCCAAGCCCACAGGAUAUUAAAUGCAUCAUACCAGACUCCCAGAUUAAAGCCACGGGGGCUAUUAUAUGCAUGAGCGGGACGGCUGGGUGCAAAAGCCUCGAACGAUUCCAGAGUAUAUAGAACCCCCGAAUAUGAUGACAGGGAUGGGAAAAUGCGAUUGUACAUGUUACACCCAGAAUACAAGAAUGGGGUUGAAGCUGCAUUGGGAAAAAAUGAAUGAAUUGUGAUGAAUGAACAUUGAUUAAGGACCGAAUGGAAAAGCAGAAGGGUAUGUGUGACGAGGUGUAUGUGGUGAGAAGCAUGGUAGAACAAAAGAGAAUGGUACGAGUUGAUGACAUUCCCGAAGCUAUGGGGCAGCCAGGGGCAAAGAUAAG